AUGGCUUGCAACAAAUUAUUACUGCUUCUUAUUCCUCUCCUUUUCAUUAACGUUGCUGCUAACUUCAACCAAGAUUUUCAAAUUACAUGGGGAGAUGGUCGUGCCAAAAUACUCAACAACGCCAAUCUUCUUACUCUCUCCCUUGACAAAGCCUCCGGCUCUGGCUUUCAAUCCAAGAAUGAAUACUUGUUUGGCAAAAUUGAUAUGCAGCUUAAACUUGUUCCCGGAAACUCUGCUGGCACUGUCACCGCCUAUUAUCUAUCGUCAAAAGGAGGUGCAUGGGAUGAGAUAGACUUUGAAUUCUUGGGAAAUUUGAGUGGUGAUCCUUACAUUGUUCACACCAAUGUUUUUAGCCAAGGAAAAGGCAAUAGAGAGCAACAAUUUCAUCUAUGGUUUGACCCAACUGCAGAUUUUCACACAUACUCUAUUUUAUGGAAUCCACAACGUAUUGUGUUUUCUGUGGACGGGACACCAAUAAGGGAGUUCAAGAAUUUGGAAAGAAUAGGAGUUCCAUUUCCUAAGAAUCAAGCAAUGAGGAUAUACUCAAGCCUUUGGAAUGCAGAUGAUUGGGCAACAAGAGGUGGACUUGUAAAGACAGAUUGGUCCAAAGCUCCAUUCACAGCUUCGUACAGAAAUUUCAAUGCAAAUAAUGCUUGUAUAUGGAGCAGUGGAAAAUCAUCAUGCAAAUCUUCUCCUACAUCUGCAUCAUGGCUAUCACAAGAACUUGAUUCAACUGGUUUGCAGAGGAUGAGAUGGGUACAGAAGAACUAUAUGAUUUACAAUUACUGCACAGAUAAGAAGAGAUUUCCACAAGGCCUUCCACUUGAAUGCACUCACUCUUAA